UCGAGCCAUCAGCGUGGAAACAAGUCGAAAAUAGAGUUCCAAUUGCAGCAUCCCACUAGUGUUCCAGACUUCAGCGGUGGAAACCCAAACCCCCAAUAUUCCAAUUUCGAGUUUCCAUUAAUUAAUUCCCUAUUUUUCUAAUCCCCCAUUACUACCAAAUGGCCUCUUCAAGUUUCAGCAAUAACAGUAUCUCAAUCAUGGUCUCGGAUGACGAUUCCGAUGAACUCGGCCGAAAGCGAGUCCGAGCCCGGAGGAAACGCAAGAAACACGGUCAUCAACGACCCAGGAACGAGUUGAAUCAGCUCCUCAUCCGUUUGUUCGUCAAAUACUGGAUGCUCCUCAUAUUCCUUCCGGCCGCGAUGCUGAUCAUUUUCGAGGUCACUAGCGUCGGUAGAAAACCUGGGUUGGUCGUCCACUCGGAAGUUAAUGAAGUGAAAAGUCCCAAUUUGAUGGGUAACUCAGAACUUACUAAAUCGAAGGAAGCGACUCAAGGAAAGAAACCCGACAGCAAAUUGAACCGGCUCGAUCCAAUCACUCACAUUGUCAGUGGUGUUAGAGAACCUUGCUUGAAGCUCUUACCAGCUGAGGAACUUGAGCAUCUAGAUAUUUCAGAAGAUGAAGAAUCUACCAUUAGUAGUCCUGUUAAAAGAUUGAUGUAUAUCUCAGACCAUCUAACGCCUCACGGACAUGGUGGGGGGAACUCUACCUUAUCUUGGCAGCGAACAAGUGUCACUCGGUUUAAUUUAUUCACUGGGAACCAAACCUUUGAUGAGAGAGAGAAAAGCUUUAAGGUGAGUGAAACUGUUGCUCUACAUUGUGGUUUUUUCAGUGAAAAUGGUGGCUUUGCAAUAUCUGAUAGAGACAAGAGUUAUAUGCAAACUUGCAAACUUGUGGUUUCUACUUGUGCUUUUGGAGGUGGAGAUGAUCUUUAUCAGCCUAUAGGAAUGUCAGAGGCAUCUCUCAAAAAGGUUUGUUAUGUUGCAUUUUGGGAUGAAACUACGCUUGCAGCACAGGAAUCACAGGGCAAUAAGAUUGGCGAGGAUGGACUGAUUGGAAAAUGGCGUAUUGUGAUUGUACGGAAUCCGCCUUUUGUAGACCAGAGGUUGAAUGGGAAAAUUCCUAAGAUGUUGCCGCAUCGUCUCUUUCCUCAUGCAAAGUACUCUAUUUGGGUAGACUCGAAAUCCCAAUUCAGGAGGGACCCUUUAGGUGUAGUUGAGGCUCUUCUUUGGCGUAGGAAUUCAGUUCUUGCAAUUUCUGAGCAUGGAGCUCGUAGUAGUGUCUAUGAUGAGGCAAAGGCUGUCGUCCUUAAACACAAAGCUACACCAGAGGAAGUUGAGGUUCAAAUGACUCAGUAUCGUAAGGAUGGUCUUCCAGAGGACAAGAGAUUUAAUGGAAAGAAAGCUCUAAAUGAAGCCUCUGUCAUUGUGAGGAAACAUACACCUUUGACUAAUAUGUUCAUGUGCCUCUGGUUUAAUGAGGUGGUUCGUUUCACUUCAAGGGACCAAUUAAGCUUUCCAUAUGUUCUUUGGCGGUUGAAAGUACUAAAGAACAUCAAUAUGUUCCCAGUCUGCACACGAAGAGAUCUUGUAAAUAGCAUGGGCCAUAUACGCAAGGCUAAGCCUUUGACAAAUUAAUCUAGUUGUUGUGAUACCACUUCAACUCUUUGAUCAUCAUUUAAGAGAUGCUGGGGUAAAAUAGGCUGUACUUUAACUUUCUUUUGUAGGCAGCAUCGGUCAUCUGAGCCUACCCCCUUAUCGGUUUCUCUUUUAUGUCUUCAUUUUGUUUGUUAUUUUACUAGGAAAAGAUUCAUUGCUCUUUUGGUCAGAAGAAAUUGUUAUACUUAAAUAUUGUAUUUGUGUACCUAGAGAUCUAAUUUGUACGACGAUUGA